AUGCAGGGUGCCGGGGGCGCCCGUCUUGGCAGCCACGGGGGUGCUAGCGACCGACAGGGGCCGGGCCUGUGCCGGGGUGAGAUCGAAUUCGGAGGGUCUGGGAAGAAGCGAGGCAAGUUAGUGAAGGUGCCCAGUGGCGUGGCCCCGUCUGUGCUCUUUGACCUUCUGCUGGCCGAAUGGCACCUGCCGGCCCCCAACUUGGUGGUGUCGCUGGUGGGCGAGGAGUGGCCCUUCGCCCUGAAGCCGAGGCUGUGGGACGUCCUGCGCAAGGGGCUGGUGAAGGCGGCUCAGAGCACACGUGCCUGGAUUCCGACCAGCGCACUCCGUGUGGGCCUUGCCCGGUACGUCGGACAGGCUGUGCGUGACCACUCACUGGCCAGCACGUCCACCAAGGCCUGCGUGGUGGCCAUCGGCAUCGCCUCAUUGGGCCACGUGCUGCACCGUCGGCUUCUGGACGACGCCCAGGAGGACAGCCCUGUCCACUACCCCAUGGACGAUGGUGGCAACCAGGGCCCCCCCUGCCCCCUGGACAGCAACCACUCUCACUUAAUCCUGGUGGACCCGGGCACCCCUGGGGAGGUCAAUGAGCCCACGGAGCUGCGGCUGAGGCUGGAGAAGCCCAUCCCAGAGCAAAGGACUGGCUACGGGGGUGAGGGCAGCAUCGAGAUCCCCGUCCUCUGUCUGCUGGUCAACGGUGACCCCAGCACCCUGGAGAGGAUUUCUAGGGCCGUGGAGCACGCCGGCCUGUGGCUGACCCUGGCGGGCUCGGGGGGCACCACCGACGUGCUUGCUGCCCUGAUGAGCCAGCCCCGCCUCCUGGUGCCCCAGGUGGCCGAGAAGCAGUUUAGAGAGAAGUUCCCCAGUGAGAACUUCUCCUGGGAGGACAUCGUGCACUGGACAGAACUGCUGCGGAACAUCACCUCCCACCCGCACCUGCUCACCGUGCAUGACUUCGGGCAGGAGGGCCCCGAGGAGCUGGACGCGGUCAUCCUCAAGGCGCUGGUGGAAGGUGAGGCCUGCUCCACCCACAGCCAGGAGGCGCAGGACUGCCUGGAUGAGCUGAAGCUGGCCGCGGGGGAGCGCGCGGACAUCGCCAGGAGCGAGAUCUUCAACGGGGACGUGGAGUGGAAGUCCUGCAACCUGGAGGAGGUGACGAUGGACGCUGUGAGCAACAAGCCCGAGUUCGUGCGCCUCUUCGCGGACAGUGGCACCGACGUGGCGGACUUACUGACGUGCGGGCAGCCGCAGCGGCUCGACUGCUCGGGGCCCCCCAGGAGCCUGCUCUUCAGCCUGCUGCAGCGUGAGCACGAGGAAGGCCGGCUGACGCUGGCCGGGCUGGGCGCCUGGCAGGCCCGGGAGCCGCCCGCCUUCUCCCUGCACGAGGUGUCGCGGGUGCUCGAGGACUUCCUGCGCAACGCCUGCCGUGGGCUCUACCAGGCGGUGAGCUGUGAGCGGGCGGCGGGGCCGCGGCUGCGGGCUGACGCCCCCGUCCUCCAGGAGCAGGGCCCGGCCCGGCGGCCCACGGGCCAGAAGGGGCUGCUGGACCCGAACCAGAGGAGCAAGAGCCCCUGGAGGGACCUGUUCCUGUGGGCGGAGCUGCAGAACCGCCACCAGAUGGCUACCUACUUCUGGGCCGUGGCCCAGGAGGGCAUGGCAGCCCCUCUGGCCGCCUGCAAGAUCCUCAAAGAGAUGCCCUACCUGGAGACGGGGGCCGAGGUGGGCCGCACCCUGCGAGAGGCCAAAUACAAGCAGCUGGCCCUGGGAGAGCGGCCGAAGCAAAACCCCGCUUCCUCAGCUCAGCCCUCCCGGACCCCCGAGCCUGGCCUCCCCCAUCGAAGGGACUUCCUUCCCCAGCAGGAUGGAGCCUCCAGGGGACUCCAGGAGCCAGGGCUGGGAGGGGCGAUGCUUUCGCUGAACCUGGAAGGGCAGGCCUGCAGCGGUCACAGCAGGGCAGAGGCCUUCCUGACCAAGAUCUGGUGGGGGGACAUGGCCUCGGGCACGCCCAUCCUGCGGCUGCUGGGUGCCUUCCUCUGCCCGGCCCUCACGUAAACCAAUCUCAUCACCUUCAGGUCUGAGGCCCCUCUAAGGAUGGGCCCAGAGGACCUGCAGGGGCUGCACAGCCUGGACACGGAGAAGAGGCUGCUCUGUGGCCCGGGCAGUGGGGUGGAGCAGCUGGCCAAGGCACCAAGGACUCAGGGCAGCCGAGGCCCACGAGCUGCCUUCUUGCUCACGUGCUGGCGGAAGUUCUGGGCGGCACCCGUGACCGUGUUCCUGGGGAACAUGGUCAUGUACUUUGCGUUCCUCUUCCUGUUCACCUACGUCCUGCUGGUGGACUUCAGGCCCCCUCCCCAGGGGCUGUCGGGGGCUGAGGUCACCCUCUACUUCCCGGUCUUCACGCUGGUGCUGGAGGGGAUCCGGCAGGGCUUCUUCAUUGAUGAGGACGCGCAGCUGGUGAAGAAGUUCACUCUCUACGUGGAGGACACAACGGGGACAAGUUGACACAUGGUGGCCAUCUUCCUGUGCAUCGUCGGUCCUGACCCCCGCCCUGCCGGGACGCUGCCCUUGCUGUUUGAGGCCGGCCGCACGAUCCUCGCCACCGACUUCACGGUGUUCACGCUGCGGCUUGUCCACAUCUUUGCCAUCCACAAGCAGCUGGGCCCCAAGAUCACCACCGUGGCGCGGGUGAUGAAGGACGUCUGUUUCUUCCUCUUCUUCCUGAGUGUGUGGCUUGUGGCCCACGGCGUGACCAGCCAGGCGCGGCUGCACCCCCAUGACGGGCGCCUGGAGCGGAUCUUCCGCCGUGUGCUCUACCGGCCGUUCCUACAGAUCUUCGGGCAGAUCCCCCUGGACGAGAUCUAUGGUCAGCAUGCAGCCUGGGGAAGCCCUCGUGAACUGCCGGAGGACCCGCCCUCCUGCCCCAACCUCUACGCCAACUGGCUGGUCACCCUCCUGCUGGUCACCAACGUGCUGCUCAUGAACUUGCUCACUGCCACGUUCAGCUACACGUUCCAGGCGGUGCAGGGAAACGCGGACACGUGCUGGAAGUUGCAGCGCUACCACCUCAUCGUGGAGUACCGCGAGGCCCCGCCCUUCGUCCUCCUCAGCCACCUGAACCUGGUGCUCAAGAGGUUCUUCCGGAAGGAGGCCCGGCAGAAGCGGGCGCGCCUGGCUGAGGCCUGGGCUGCACUCAGCUGCCCGGACCGAGGGGUGGGGCAGCCGCCUGGCCUUCCCCUGGACCAGAAGAUGGUCACCUGGGAGGCGGUGCAGGAGGAGAACCACCUGAGCAAGCCGGAGAAGCGGAGGAAGGACAGCGGGGAGGAGCUGCUGCGGAAGACGGCCCACAGGGUGGACUUCGUAGCCAAGUACCAGGGCCUGAGAGACCAGAAGCAGCAGGUCAAGCAUCUGGAGUCUCAGGUCAGCUACUGCACAAUGCUCCCCUCCUCCACGGCCGGCACGCUGGCCCGCAGGCCUACUAGAAGCCCCAGGCCCCAUGGGCGUGCUGGCCCGCCCCCACCUCCAGUGGAGCCCCCCAAGGAGGAUGUGGCUCGGGACUUUGCCAAAAGGAACCGCUUGCUGCCCUGCCCGGCACCUUCCCUGGACAUGCUGGGCCCCAGGUGCAGCGGUGUGUCGUGGGCCCUCCCUGACAGGUAA